ACUAAUUUAGGUUACGUGUAAACAAUUAUGUUUAAGUCAUUUACGCGCGGUAUUUCGCAAUCUAAGCUAUCCUAUAAUAUUGAAUUUACAUGCAAAUAAACAGAGUUAGAACAACUAUCAUUGGGUUUGUUUCGUGUAUUAACUUUCCCUUACAAUUAUCUGGCUUUCGUCUCAUAUACUGUAGACACACUACAGUUUUAAUGAAUGGAAAUUUAAAUAUUUUUAGGGACGAUUAACCAAAGGGUGACAACGGAAACCUGUCCGUCCGUACGUUCGUUCAUCUGUCCGCGGGUUGUAUCUCAUGCGGUAUGGUGUAUGUAUAUAUUUUUCUAAAUAAAUCGUUCUCUAAUGGUACAUUUACAACAUCGGAGUUGUAUAUAAUAAAGUUUAUUCGGUUCGCAUCUAGAGCAAAACCUUGACUGACAAAUUUUGCAAAAAUAGUCUGGAUGCUAGGCAACUUUGAAUAAGUGGCAUUUUUUUUUUGUAGUCGCAACAUCCCCUGACCCAUUUCGUAUAAAAUAUGAGUGUAAAAUAUAGGGCAAGCAAAUUGCAAUAUUUUACAUCCGGAUUGCGGAAGCUGCAGGUUUGAGUCCUGUCUCAUACCAGGAACGAGUGGAUUAUUUUUUUAGUAAAAAAAUCCUUUAGAUUUAUAAAUCAGAAUGAAAAAAAACAUAAUUCAUUAAUAAUGUGGGUAAUUAGCCACAUGUUGCUGGCUAAAAAAAACUCGUCUAUUAAAAUGCCCUACAUUGAUUCAUAAAUUGUAUCAAAAAAAAAUUCAAGCCCAAUAAAUAAAUCGACCACCAUUAUUGUGUCUGUGCAUUAGGUGAAUGGAUUCUAUCUCUAAGAUCUUUAAACGAUGUAACAGACAUUGUGUGUUUUAUUGUACGUUAAAACAAUAUUAAUGCAUUGGCAAACUAAACAUGGAUGGAUGCCUAACAAAUUCAGAAAGGUAACACGACGUCAUUGAAAUAUGAAACUCUGCAUUACACUUUGUACUGAAGCGGUAUGAGAUCAGUUUCCAACUUGGUUGUUCAGGUAAGUCUUCUCGAAAAUGUUCACAUUAUGUAUUUAUGUGAGAGAAUAGUGUGUGAGGACCGUAACUGAAUAUAGUUACUAAGAGGCUCUUAAAGAAUCGCAUUCACGCACCUAAUUUCAUAUCUACUUAAUUAUCUUUAUCCAGACAAAAGAAGGUCUUUCGAAUCUUGUCUUGAUUUCCAGGCAAAAUGUUUGUUCGAAUUUAAAACCAAAAGUCGACCAAGUUUUUUCUAUGUUAAGAGCGUUGCAUGCAAGCCUAUGUAUGACCCGACGGAUUUAACUUUAUAACUUAAUUGAUAAAGUUGUUUAAUUCUACUAAUGCGAAAAAGUGCGAAAGUACUGAAAAAUACCAACCCGUACGGACGAUACGUUAACGCGUCUGCCAACGAAAUUUUAAAUACAGAAUAUUCUAAUCUUGUGUGAAUAGUGAAAUUCGGAAAAAGGUUCAACAACCUUCUUGAGUUGUUAUUGAAAAAGAAGGUAAACGGUCAACCUCUAUAACCAUGACACUAAAAUAAACUGAAUUAAAAUUUCGUUGGCUUCGUGUUAGGAAGCGAUAUGGACUCAUUUGUAGACAAGGAGUCGUGUCGGACAGUCUUUUUUGUUACUUUGUGAAUCGUGGAUUUCAAAAUAGUGUGAAGUUCAAGGAUUUGCCUAAAGGAUUGUAUUAUAAAUACGCGCUGAACGAACGACUCCAAGAUGGCCACCGGCCCUAAGAUAGUGCACAAGCAGUUCAACUCGCCGAUUGGUCUGUACUCCCAGCAGAACAUCAAGGAGACCCUCAACAAGCACCUACAGAACCUGGACAACGGCACAGUGGGAAUCGACUUUAACAACCCGGGCACAGACAAACCUGCCAAUCUAGCAAACUCAGCAGUACUCAGGAUGUUGGAAGAAGAGGAGAGGAACCGCCGGGGAUACCCCAGCCAAAAGAAAGUCGUGUGGCCGCCAGUGCCCGAGACAAACGGCUACCAUCAGCCUCAACAGCAAAAUCCUGCGUACAACACGCAGUAUUCACCGUCAGCGCAGCAGCAACAGCAGCCGCAAUAUCAACAGCCUCAAUCUCAACAGCCUCAAUACCAGCAGCCUCAAUACCAGCAGCCUCAAUACCAGCAGCCUCAAUACCAGCAACCCCAAUAUCAACAACCCCAAAAUCAGCACCAGUAUCAUCAACCACAGUCGCCGCAAUCUCAGUCGGCGUUUUGCGAAGGUCGUCGCCAAGAGGCUACCGGCCUUAGCAAACUUAUCCCUGUAGGGCCAGGAGUGACUGCCGCCCCUGCGCCCCAGGCUCCCUACCGCCAAGGUCCCCCGUCGCCAGGGAUCGCGCCACAGCCCUACAGACAGCCGAACAAUCGUUGGGCUCCUGUGCCUGCCCCUCUUUCCCCUCAGACGCAAGGCUCUCAGCCAAACUACCCUCAGCAGCAGUACUCACAGUCCCAGUACUCGCCGUCCCAGUACUCGCCGCAGCCGCAGUACUCGCCCAGCUUCUCAGAGCCGGCGUAUCAAGCACCACAGAAGCAGUACGAGCCACCACCGACCACUAUCACACUGCGUCCUCAACAGCCUGUACAUCAGCAACCGCCACCAGUCUUCUCCAGCCAGCCAGCUACAGCAUCCUUCAAAGGAGGUGUCAAUAUGCGUGGAGAUCUGAAGUGGCCACCACAGUCGGUGAAAGAGGCAGUGGCUGCCGAAAAUGAAGCUAGAAUACAGCUGGCCAAGGGUCCUGCCUGCAGACCGCGCAAGGUAAAGAAGGAUUACACUCAAUUCUUCGCGAAGAACGCCCUCAACCAGAACUACCCCGGAUACCGUGUGCCACCCGGCACGCAAUACUACCAAGAUCAUUCCGGCCGAUCUUCCUACUAAAUUUAGAAAAUCCAUUUAGUAUUACGAAAUAGUCAACUAAAAUUCUUGGGAAACAUUCGUGAAAAAUAAAACUUUAUCUUAAUCAGAUACGAAUGAAUAUUCCCUUUAAUAACUCGAACAAUAUCAGUUUCAGUCUCAUUAAUAAACAGGUGUUUCAGCGACUUUAUUGAUGCGAAAUCGUGUCUAUUUAUUUAUUGUUUUUUAUAGAAGGGGCAAAGCUUCAGUAAAGUCGAAGGAAUAUUUGACAGCUCAUUGAAAUCUUCUCAUCAAAUUAAACGCGAAGUCUUGACUUCACAUUAAGUACUUGUAUAGACUUUAGGCAUUAAAGUCUUGAGGCAUGUACGGGAUUACAAUCAGUGCUUAAUUUUUAGUAUUUAAUUUAUUGUUAACCAUUAAUUAGUGUUUAAGUUAAAAAAAUAUAAAAAUCAUAAAAAUAUCAAUAGCAUUGUCAUUUCAAGCAUCAUUUCGAUGAAUCAUUAUUUACUAUUGUUAUACAAUAAACUAACUCAAUUACAUUUCGAUAAAAAUGUGCGGCUUUAUACAUUGCGAAACUAUGCGAAAUAAGUUUAAUACAAUAUAAUUAUGCUUUUUAAUACAAAGUGUAAAUAAUGCUCACUUACUGUGAAUAUUAUGAACAUUGUUGCUAUCUAUGUUUGUAAUAUAAGUAAGGAAAAUGCUUCUUUAAAUCAAGAGAUGUAAUAUUAACACGGCGUUCAAAGAUUGGUCAUAAAAUUGGCUAAAGCUUACCUACCUAGUCAUGAAGAGAUUAUCAAAAAUAUUUUUUGUAUAUAAAAUUUCAAAAUUGCAUUGUCGAUUUGGUAUUGUGAUUGUAUUAUAAAGUAAUAAAUUAUACCAAAUAUCUCAUCUUUAAUUUUAUUCACAACCGACUUGGUUAAGAAGUUUCCUAAUAAU